GUCCACAAAGAGCGAUUGACGGACAGCUCUCCGUUCUUCGCAGCGGCAAUGAAGAAAGAUUGGAACGAGGGUCAAACCGGCGAGAUUCUGUUACCAGACGACAGCUUCCAGCAAGCGGAGCUGUACGUCAAUUGGCUGUAUAGCGGUUUUUUGUUCACUCAAGACGCGACACCGCCUUGCGAACACGACAGCACAGAAAACAAAACCUUGAUUGCUGCCUACAUAUUUGGCGAGAAGAUUCAAGACUGCAACUACAAGGAUGCUAUCAUCGAUGCCCUCAUCUGUGCAGCCGGUACGAAGGAUGUCGAAGGUAUGCGAUGGUAUCCGACGGGCAUGACCGUGGACUUUGCAUUCGAUAAAACGCCAGAAGCAUCUCCGCUACGCCGAUUGCUGCUCGAUAUGUACCUUCGGCAUGGUCACAAGGAUUGGGUGAGCAACAAAAAUGUGGACUUCUUAACGCUUCUCGCUCAGGGAUUGUUUGAGGUCAAGGCUUCGUCAUCAGGUCCGGAUCCGACCGCAUCGACAAGCAACAGCUGCUCGUAUCACCAGCACGCCAAGGACAAAGACUGUCACAGUCGGAAAAUGUCUUCGAGAGCCCAGACAGGCCCUGAAGGUCCUUGA